AUGGAGGGCGAUGAGGUUAUCGGCGCACCAAAGCAUCCCGACUGGCUGCAAAUGGUGCGCAUUAAGGAAGGGGAGGUUCCCCGUGUGAUCGCCUAUGUUUCGACUAGGUUAUCCCGCUAUCGUCCCGCCAUGCGUCGCGACAUCAUCGACCAUCGCGACAUCGUCGUCCUCUCCCUCUUCAGCGGGGGUGAGGUUCUUAAUCUGAUGAACGUCUACUCUGACGAUCAACACACAGCCAUUGAGCACUUAGCUGCUCGUGUGCAUUCUUUACCACCUUUCAUUUACAUGGCUGGUGACUUUAACUGCGUGUCGACGACUUGGGAUGACUAUGAGCAUGGUGAGUCGUCGACGGCAAUAUCACUGCGGGAUACCGCAUCUCAGAUCGGCCUCGAGUGGGCACGACCUUCUAACCAUGGACCGACGCGGAUCAGUCCUAAUCCAAACCAGAGAUCCAACGUCUUGGAUCUUGUAUUCUUAGCUCCAUCUGAGAUCUUAAUCUCAAUGCCCAGAUUGGAGCACGAUCUCCAGGGUCCGUCAGAUCAUGUCCCGAUCUGCACAGAUCUUGAUAUCGGUCCCGAACCGCCCGGAUCUGGGCGACGGACAAUUAAACCCGGAAGCGAGGCUGAGAAGUCUUUCAUUUCGGACAUUCUCUGCGAUCUUGUGGCUAUCCCUGUCGCAGCCCCGGCAACCAAGGAAGGCGUUGAAGCUUUAGCCAAUGCUAUUGCAACAGCGUUCUCGGACGCAUGGCUUGCCCAUUCGACCGAGUCCAAACCUACCAAGCGCUCCAAGUCGUUGAGCCGCUCGCUCGCUGAUUAUAACAAGUUUAAGAAGGCGUGUAAGGACGCCAAACGUGAUUUCUUCGAUGAACAUAUCGCAGAAAUCGCUACCUCUCGCAAGCGCCCGUGGGACCUAAUGGAAUGGGUCAAACAGCGCAAGCUACCACCCUGUGAGGCUAUUCGCAAUGGCGACCAGCCUUGCCAUGAUAUGGACGACCUUUGGGACGCCCUCCACGGCACGUACAACUCGGCCUCUGGUCGCGAGUACGACGCCUCAGUCUUAGACGAGCUUCCCGACGAGCCGGUCCGUGAGUGGGCUGACUUCUCGGAGCAUGAGUUGUUGAGUGCCCUUAAGGGGUGCUCCAACUCCUCUGCACCAGGACCGGACCAUAUUACAUGGGUCCACCUAAAGGAGCUGCUCAAGGAUAAACACGUCCUUGCGCUCUUCAUCGUGUUGGCCAACGCUUGCCUUCGGGUGGGUCAUUGGCCACGUAUAUUCAAGGAGUCGCUAUCGGUUAUCGUUCCGAAACUGAAUAAGCCCUCCUACUCCGUGCCGAAGGCCUUCAGGCCAAUUGUACUCCUCAUCACUUUCGGUAAACUUAUCGAAAAGAUGAUUGCCAAUAGGAUACAGUUUGACGCCGUCAAGCAUGAUAUCUUUCAUCCCAACCAACUUGGCGGUAUUCGCCAGAGGUCCACUGAGGAUGCUGGAUUGAUUCUGACCCAUCUCUUCUUCCCUUCUAUCAACCAUGAGAUGUUCAUGGCUGUAAUCCGCAAGCAAGGGUUCUCGCCAGUUCUGAUGGAGUUCUUUGCCUCUUAUCUUGUUGGUCGUUCCACAGUCUAUUGUUGGAACACCUUCCAAUCCGACUUGCAGUCUGCGGACGUGGGUGUUGGGCAGGGCUCAGCUCUUUCGCCUGUUAUCUCUGGGCUGUUCAUUGCUCCGGUAAUGAAGCUCUUCUACAUCAAGGCGGCACCACUCAACAUGACGCUGCUUUCCUUUGUGGAUGAUGGGACCAUUCUGGCCCAAUCCAAACAGCUUGAUGAUAAUAAUGUGGGCCUGCGUAAGGCCUACAAAAUUAUCUACCUUCUCUUUGUUGCUUUCGCACUCGUUCUUGAACACGACAAGACCGAGUUGUUCCAGUUUUCGUGUCGACGAGACGCCUACGAUCCCUCGCUGGACUUGGGGUACGCCCCGCAUACCGGCACUACACCUUUGAAGCCCAAGACCUAUUGGAGGUACUUGGGUUUCUACUUUGACCACGGGCUCACGUUUCAUGAGCACGUUCGCUACUACGCCACCAAGGCGUUUACCACCGUGCAGGCCAUGCGCAUGCUCGGGAACUCUACGAGAGGUCUUUCGCCUAAACAGCGCCGCCUCUUAUACCGGUCAUGUGUGGUCCCCAUUGCCACAUAUGGCUAUUGUCUCUGGUAUUUUGACGGCGCUCGCAAUAAGGGCGCACUGAACCAGCUAAAACGGAUGCAGCGGAAAGCUGCUCUAUGGAUUACAGGUGCUUUCUGCACCUCCCCUACAGGCGGUCUUGAGGCUCUAGCGGGCCUCAUCCCCGUCCAUCUCAUGCUGAAGAAGUUGGCGAUGCGCGCAGUGUAUCGCGUCGCUACCCUCUCAGACACCCACCCUCUUCGCUCCAUGAUGGGCGAGGGACUCCUCAAGCGAGCCGCACCACAUGCUCGCUCCGCCGCCUUGAUGACCCCAGCUAUGCGAGGGAAAGUCAAGAGCACUGUCAUGGAGGUGGACGAGCGCGUCCACACCUUAACUGAGAGCUUCGAACCUUUUGCGCCUGAAGCUCGCCCAGGCGAUUGGUUACUGGACCGCUAUGCGGACCGUAUCCACUUUGACGAGCGCGAUCCUGGCCAGGAUAGGCGCCCAUAUCUAGACGAGCUCAUCGCGAAAGCGAGGGCCGACCCACUAACAGUACUGGCUGCAACUGAUGGCUCUGUCCCUCAGUCCAACCAGUAUCAGGCGGCUUCGGCUGCUAUAAUCUACAAGGGACAUUCGGGCUUUUUUUUUUUUUUUUAA